GCACCUUGAAGGUAAUCCGUGUGAAUUCAAGGACGGAUCCCGGAAACGUUCACCCAAAUAACCUGUUUUAGCCGUUCUAUACAUUAGCCAGACGAUUGGAUAACUGGACCAUAGGGAAUCCACGCCCUUACCGCGAGCAUGUGCAUGUGGGCAUACGUGGAGAAACAAACAAAGAGUGAACACCUGCAGAGGGCACAUGCAGUGACACGGAGGUCAUGAAGGAUCUUGUAGGAGAGGCGAAGGGCCACCAGCUCAUGGUGGCUCUUCGAAUUCGUCCUAUCAAUGAUGCUGAAAUAGAAGAGGGUGCCUCUGUUGUAGCCCACAAAGUGGAUGACCAGAUGGUAGUCAUUUUGGAUCCUUCAGAAGACCCUGAUGACAUACUUAGAGCAAACAGGUCCCGGGAGAAAACAUUUGUGUUUGAUGUGGCCUUUGAUCAUACUGCAACACAGGAAGAUGUUUAUGUUGCUACCACUAAAAACCUCAUUGAAGGAGUGUUGUCUGGUUACAAUGCAACCGUUUUUGCCUAUGGACCAACAGGUGCAGGAAAGACUUACACCAUGUUAGGAAUAGACUCCGAACCUGGCAUCUAUGUGCGCACCUUAAAUGAUCUCUUUAACUGUAUUGAAGCCAGCAGUGAUCACAUGGCUUAUGACGUUUCAAUGUCAUACUUAGAGAUUUAUAAUGAAGUAAUUCGUGACUUACUGAACCCUGCAUCUGGUUUCCUGGAUUUAAGAGAAGAUGCUAAAGGUGGAAUCCAAAUAGCAGGAAUCACAGAAGUCUCUACAAAUAAUGCUGAAGAGAUUAUGGAACUGUUGACCAAAGGAAACAGGGAACGAACGCAGGAGCCAACUGCUGCUAAUAAAACAUCAUCUCGCUCCCAUGCUGUGUUGCAAGUCACUGUAAAGCAGAAGAGUCGGAUAAAAAAUAUUAAUGAAGAAGUGCGGAUAGGCAGACUCUUCAUGAUUGACCUGGCAGGAACUGAAAGAGCGUCUCAGACUCAAAAUCGAGGAAAAAGGAUGAAGGAAGGUGCACACAUCAACCGUUCACUGCUUGCUUUGGGGAACUGUAUCAAUGCUCUUAGUGAGAAAGGAAGUAACCGAGUGCACUACGUAAACUACAGAGACAGCAAGCUUACUCGACUACUCAAGGAUUCUUUAGGUGGGAACAGCAGAACUGUCAUGAUUGCCCAUAUAAGCCCUGCUAGUUCAUAUUUUGAAGAAUCUAGAACUACCCUUAUCUAUGCAGACCGUGCAAAAAACAUCAAAACAAGGGUGAAACGCAAUUUGUUAAAUGUCUCUUACCACAUUGCCCAGUAUACCAGCAUCAUUGCAGACCUUCGAAAAGAGAUUGAGAGACUAAAAGCCAAGAUUGAUGAGCAGGGACAGAACCAGAUGAAAAAAGGGGAAAAGGCAAAUAUUAGAGAUAUACAAGCUGAAGUGCAGCAGGACUCAGACCAGUACAGCCGUAAGGAGAUGGGUCGAGUAAAGGAACAACUGAUAAAUGCGUUCAGAGAGCAGAUGGAAAUUCGGCGCAGUCUCAUGGAGUUGGAGAACUCGAACAUGCAGCUACACAUUGACACAUCUAGGCACCUUUUAACAAUUGCAGACUGGGAGCGAGAGAAGGCCCACAGAGCCCGGAAAUGGCGAGAGGACAGAGGAAGCCAAAAAGAAGAGAAGGACAAGGACAAGGAGGUUCUAGAAAAUGAAGGCAAAGCUGAAAAGGAAUCAGAGCAAACAGAACCACAAGAAGUAACAGCAGCGAGAGAAGAAAUUGCAAUGCUCCUGGCAGAGCAAAGAAAGACUACAACAUUAAAGAUGGAUUUGGAGGAAAAACUGGCAAACACAAAACUGAAGGCCUCAAAAAUGGAAGAGCUACUGCCAAGACAAAUAAGCAGUGAAGAGCAGAGAGAAAUUCUUACCUUGCUUUGUAAAGUUCAUGAACUUGAAGUGGAAAAUACUGAGAUAAAGUCUUUAGUGCUGCACAAAGAAAACAUCUUGGGACAAAAAGACUUUGUUAUUCAGCUCUAUGAUCAGCACAGAGCACUAUGCGAUGAAAUUAUACAACAGCAAAAAACUCUGAUUGAGGAGCAUCAUAUGGAUGUGCCUCAACAACUGAAGGACCUUUAUGUGUUAUAUUUUCGAGAAAUGGAUGAAAGGAAUCUUGAUCGAAUUUUGACUCUUCAUGAUGUCAGAUCUAGUGCAUUGAGAGAUGGCUCAAUUCUUAAUGUGGCAAGACAAUUAAAUCUGACCGAUUUUCUUGUGGAACUAAAUAAGGAAGAUUUCACACCCAGGUCAGCUGUGCAUGAUAACAGAAACUUGCUUCAUCCACAAUAUAAGAGCUUUCUGCCUGCAAUAACUCCUGAUCAAGAAAGUGACAAACUUUUUAAAUCCACCUCCAAGUCACAUAAAAUACGACAUGGACAGAUUGUCACCCCACCUUCCAGAACAAUGCCAAGAGUUCCAGUAUUACAGAAAAAACAUUCUUUAAACAUAAAGGAGCACAGUGGGAGUCGACAGCUUAAAAUUCCAUUGGACACAACGAAUAACCAACUGGAUCUCAUUUUGAAAGGCCAAUAUAUGAGUCCGGAAACAAUGAAAGACAUUGUCACUGACACUAAAAGCAUUUCCGUUAUCGCAGCAAAAAGACGAUCCCUCAUCCAGUCCAUUGACUCAACAGUUGGAGUCCCUGUAAGGCACGGCAAAAGCCUAAUAUCCAUGUAUUCUCUAGAAGGCGUAGAGGAAGAAUCCCUGGAGAGAGCCGUGUCUGAACCCAACAGAAUUCCCAGCACCGCAAUAAAGCCAUCAGUCAGCGCUGAAAAUCUUACUGUUGGGUACUCAAAGGAUCUUGACACCAGAAAAACUUUCAUCCGGCCCAUUGCCAGCUCACAGUCAAACAUUAAGAAAGAAAGAAGGAAAGCAUACAACAGGGGCGAGACUGUUGAAAGAAAGCCAUGGAAAAAACGCUCAACAUCUUUUGAAGUCAAUGUACAAAGGAAACCAAAGAGGCACUCCUCUGGAACUCGCAUUCAAGAGAUCACUUAUAACAAUAAACUUCUGCAGACUUUGCAAAACAACAGUCCCUAUCUGCCAUCAAAACGCAUUGGUGUGCCUACAGCCUCACCCAGUGGAAAGUCCAGUAAUCCAAACAACCAGCAUUCAGGUGAAUCUCAUUUGCAGAUCCUUCAAGUAACAGAUACGCCUCCAUCCAAUAUCUAUCAGAAUAAUGCGGAAGGAAAAAAGGGACACAUUGUCCAAAAGCGAUUCAGAGGUAUUAACAAAGGACCCACAGAAGCCUACAACACAAACCAUCUGUUGCCAAACCCUGGAAAUUCAAAAAGACCACACAACGAACUGAUGAGAAACCGCAGAGCAGGACCUGAACACAACAGUAAACUUCACACCAAGAACAAGAAGUGAGCUGUCCCAACUGCACACACACACAGCAUAAUUAAAGGAAUGACCUUUUUGUAAAUUUAUUUUGUAAGGUUUAACUCCUGCAUCUUAUAAACUAAUGCUGUACAUGGGGUGUCUCAGACGUAGGGCAGUUAGUCAUGUAAUCAGUAAUCAUUACGCAGUUCUUGUUAUUUCUUAUUACUAGUGUUACAUUCACCUGUCACUGCAAUUUUUAUUUGCCAAACUUGGAUACAAACCUUUGUUUAAAAUGCUGUCCAUUCACUUCAGCACAUUAUUUAACUCUUCUCUUCUACAGAGUAGUUGCACACAUACUGAUUCAAGUCCACAGUACUGCAGUCAUUUAAGAAUUCAAAUUUUAAUAAUGCAACACCACUGCUCUAUUAUUUCAAAGACACCCUUUAUGAAAAUGUAACUGAAAAGAACUAUUAAUGAUUCUCGGUUUUAUAUUUUUAAUAAUAGAGGGUAUAAAGCCUCAUUUCUUAGAAUUGAAUUGGAAAUCUUUUCAGUAUAGAAAGCAUGUGUAUGCAGCUCAUUUACAAUAUUUUAUAAAGAUACUGUAUGUAAAUAUAGGAAUGGAUCUGUUAUUCAGCCUGCACUAUUCUAUAGAAACUGUAAUGUACUGUAUUUUAUUAUUGGUUUUCUAUUACAAUGCAUCUUUUUCUAUGUCUGUACAUUUUUAAUAUAUAUAUUUUAAGAUUUGUAUAAUAUGUAUAAAUAACACUCUUAAAAUGUAAAAAAGAA